UCAAAAACAAUCUUUUAAUAUUCACUACCUUGAGGAGAAUAAAGUGAGGCUGUAAUGGCAACAUCUUCAUACGAAGAAUUCGAUCCUCUCUGCACUUGGCGCCACGACGGAGGACAUAAAACUCUUGUCAUCCAUCUUCCCCAUUUUCAUAAGGAACAGCUAAAAAUUCACAUUUGUAAUUUUGGAGCCAUGAAAAUUUCUGGAGAACGACCUCUUUCUGCAACAAAACGAUAUCGUUUUAGCAAAGAAGUCAAAAUUCCAGAGGAUAUCAAUGCACAUGACAUUCAUGCAAAGUUUGUCAAAGGCCUUCUAUACAUUGAGAUGCCCAAAAAACACAAGGAAUCCCCCCUCCGAAAACGAUUUGAUCGGACUCCAAAUUUGGAACAGUCCGUCAUAGAGUUGAAGAAGUUCACGGUGACAGUGGUUGUUGCAGUGGCGGCGGUGUCGACUCUUGGUGCUUUUGUUGUGUGUUUGUAUGGGUGUUUCUAGAUAAUCCGUCUUUUGAUUUGUAUAUUUGAUGUAAAAAUGGCAUAGUUAUUGACAUUACGAGCAAAUUCAAAAUGUAAGCCACCGAUGUUAUACUAUGAAAG